AUGGGAUACAGGCAUCUUGAUACAGCAAAAAUAUACGGUUCUGAGCCAGCCGUUGGAAAUGCUUUAAGAAUGGCAAUUGAGGAUGAAAGCAUCCGAAGGGAAGAUGUUUUCGUGACAUCUAAACUAUGGAGCGCUGAUCACCAUGAUCCUGUUUCAGCACUCAAACAGACUCUACGGAACCUGGGGAUGGAGUAUGUAGACAUGUACUUGGUGCACUGGCCAGUGAAACUAAAGCCUUGGGUUUGCUAUGCUGUGCCCAAGGAAGAAGACUUUGAGCAGUUAGACCUGGAGUCCACCUGGGCAGGGAUGGAGAAAUGCUUAGACAUCGGCUUUUGCAGGUGCAUUGGUGUUAGCAAUUUCUCAAGCAAGAAGGUUGAACGGUUGUUAGAAUUUGCGUCCGUCCCUCCUGCUGUUAAUCAGGUGGAAAUGCAUCCAAUGUGGAGGCAAAGAAAGCUUCGAGAAAUCUGCGCCGACCACAAGAUCCAUGUGAGUGCUUAUUCACCUCUGGGAGGGCCUGGGAAUGCAUGGGGAUCCACGGCUGUUGUUGAAAAUCCACUCAUCAAAUCCAUUGCUCUCAAACAUCAAGCAACUCCAGCUCAGGUUGCCCUAAAUUGGGGAUUAUCAAAGGGAGCAAGCGUGAUCGUGAAGAGUUUCAAUCCGGAUAGAUUGAAGGAGAACGUGGCAUCCUUCUCCCUCAAAUUGGAUGAUGAAGAUCUGCUUGAGAUUGACAAGUUGGAGGAGAGGAAGAUGAUGAGAGGAGAGUUUCUGGUUAAUGAUACAACAAGCCCAUACAAGACUCUUGAAGACCUAUGGGACUACGAAAUUUGAUACUUUUGCAAUUUAUAAAAAAUGUCAAAGAUUGUGAUAUUAUCCUUUCCCCUCUCUGUUUUAUCCUUUAAUUUCCAUGUAUAUCCUGCUUACCCGA